AAGAACUUCUUUACGUGCUUCACUUGUUUGAUCAAUAUCGCAAGGAAUUCACAAAUAGAAAACUAGUAAAAUGAGUAAAUUGGAUGAUUUAUUGGGCAAAAAGAAGACUGUAGUGCCCGUCUUGGAUCUGAGUCGCAGUAACAUCCAGUCGACGGAGGAGUUUAAGCGACUGAUGGAAAAGGUGCCCGACUAUAAGAUGCGACCCAUCAAAGUGCGAGCUGAGGAAAUAAAAAUUCGAGAAAAGGACUACGCCUUUAAAAUGCCCAAGAAAGAAAUGCGCAAGCUGCUGAAGAGCAAUGGCGAACGGGAGUUGCUCUACACUUAUGCAGAUCCUGUGCCCGGCGAGAUGAAGGAUGUGGUCCUAAUGGAGCUGUGCGCUGUGCCCAUUGACUGGAAGAUGCUGACCACACUGCGACCCAAGUCUAAACAGGAAGAGGAAUACUUUAGUCGCAUGGUCGAGAUGGGCAAACUGGAGCUUAAAACCGAGGCCAAGGAUCGAAGGGAUUUUGCAUUGAACAAUUGCAUUAAAAAGAUCAAAAACAAGUCGGGCAUCGUCGAAACGCGACUCGUGACUUGCGAAUCCUGCGGCGAGGAAAUGUGUUGGGGAAAAUCGUGUGGCGACUUCAAUUACGAUUUGUAUAUACGUGUCGAGGCCAAAGUGCUGAAGCCAAAGCCGUUAGCGUUGUCAUCGAAUAAAACCAAGUUAAAUGGACGGAAAAAAUCAACAAUCGGUGGCGCUAAAAUCAAAGUGAAGAAAUCAACAAAUGCUAAAUAGUUUUUAAGCUACUUAAUCGCAAUUAAAUCACACAUUUUCAAGGGCUUUCUAAAUUGUAACCGAUUUGCAAUAAAUGGCUUAUAAUCAAUCAUAAUGGAGCCAUGCUUAAGGUCAGGAAAACUCCCAUGGAAAAUGAUCUUAAUAGCAGUCAAGUUUAGAUUUCUUCAAUAGCGCCUUAUAUUUGACGAGUUUAACAAUUUGUCAUAAUCACUUUUGUUACAUAAAUGUUAAUUGUGUUUCUCAGUCGUGACUUGAAAAUUACAACCUUGCUGUAAAAUAAACAACCAAAUCUCUAAUCUAUUAUUACGAGCCUUGUAGUUAAAACACAUAUUAUUACACUGGGAAUUCUCGUUGCUUCGACUUGUUUAAACAAAUAUAUUAAAAACACAAAACUAUUUCAAAUAUUAUGUUUUACUGCCAAUUUAAUUGACACGCAAAAAAGGAAACAAAAAACACGAUUCAAAUAUUCCAAAAAUGCAAAUGCAAAGCAGUAGAAAUUUUUCAGAUAUUUUCUAUGGUCAUUAAAAGGCAAAACACACAGCUUUUGCCGGCUCGAAAACAAGAAAUCAAUAACAUGUUGUUGAGCAUCGACGUUUGAAUGCUCUUAUGCAUUGUUCGGCGACUAAAAAUUGUUGAAAGUUUUGCAAGGACAUGCGGAAAAAA